GGAGGGACCCUUGAUCAAGAACCACCACCAUGUGGGGUUCGGCGUCUAGCCACUGCAAGCCUGGCUCAAGGGAUUCUGCUCGUCAGAGCAUCAAGCAGGAUAAUAAGCCACUCCUGAAUGAACCACCGCUGAGCUCCCCAUUGCCGACAGUAGCAAGGCUCAAGCACUCCCCAGUGUCCGAACUCGAGCCACUAGCCGCUGAAACAGUGGACGCGUGUCAAACUAGCUAUGAUGUUACGUCACGCGAAUCACACUCAAAGACCGCACCCAGCGUCUUCACCUCGAGACACGAGACGAAAUGAACACGAACGUACCUUCAAUAUCGACGACCCACGCGAGUACCGCAAAUAGAC